UGGGUUAAAAAAAAGAGUGUGUCUUUUAUCGUCAAAGAUAGCUGAGAUGUGGUGAUAUUUCAGGCUCUCGUACAAACACUUUCGAAGGACGUAGCUGAGGAAAAGUGUGGAAAUCUACUAAACGAGGACUGAGACAGCCGUUCUUCUCGGAGCACCAUGAGCUGGAGCUUUCUUACACGGCUGUUGGAUGAAAUCUCCAACCAUUCCACCUUUGUGGGCAAGAUCUGGCUUACGUUAUUCAUCAUCUUCCGCAUUGUGUUGACUGUUGUGGGCGGCGAAUCAAUAUACAACGAUGAACAGAGCAAAUUCAAGUGUAACACCCAGCAACCUGGUUGCGAGAACGUCUGCUAUGAUGCAUUUGCACCACUCUCUCAUGUCCGGUUCUGGAUUUUUCAGAUCAUUCUAAUCACAACCCCUACUAUUAUGUACCUUGGCUUUGCUAUGCACAAGAUCGCUCGCAUGGAUGAUGAGGAGUACAGGCCGAGGAACAAGAAACGCAUGCCCAUGAUCAACCGCGGAGCCAACCGUAAUUAUGAGGAGGCUGAGGACGAUGGCGAGGAAGACCCCAUGAUGAUGGAGGAGAUCCUGUCAGAGAAAGAGAAAGCGCCUGAUAAGCAAGCGCCUGAGAAGCCAGCCCAUAAACACGAUGGACGACGGAGAAUAAAGCGGGAUGGGCUCAUGAAGGUGUACGUCCUGCAGCUUUUGUCACGUAUUGUUUUUGAGGUGGGCUUUCUCUUCGGCCAGUAUAUCCUGUAUGGUUUUGAGGUCGCCCCCUCGUACGUGUGCACUCGCAGCCCCUGUCCGCACACGGUGGACUGCUUUGUGUCGCGUCCCACGGAAAAAACGAUCUUCCUGCUGAUCAUGUAUGCCGUGAGCUGUCUCUGCUUGUCUCUCACGGUGCUGGAGAUUCUUCAUUUGGGCCUCAGUGGAAUCCGUGAUGCUUUCCGGCGACGUGCGCGCCAACAAAGCGCUGCACGCCAACGUGGUGCCAUAUGCAGACAGGUGCCCACUGCCCCGCCAGGGUACCACACUGCCCUGAAAAAAGACAAGCUGUCCAUGGGAAUCAAACCGGAGUAUAACUUGGACUCUUGUCAAGAGUCUUUUCGUGAUAAGUCAUCAUCGCGAGAGAUCGACCACCUGCGUAAACACCUGAAACUGGCCCAGCAGCAUCUAGAUAUGGCCUAUCAGAACGGUGAGAGCAGUCCUUUACGCAGCAGCAGCCCAGAGUCCAACGGCACCGCUGUCGAGCAAAACAGACUCAACUUCGCUCAGGAGAAGCAGGGGAGCACAUGUGAAAAAGGGAUCCGUGCCUGAUUGAGGCUCAGAGACUAUCAACUGCUUUCCUGUUCAACGAAGUGGCCCAAGUGGGUUUGGAAUUGCUCAUCUUGGAAAGUGGAAAGAGUCUGUAUGUGUGUAUUGUGUAUUUUUUUGUUUGGCUGCUGAACACUGUGUGAAGCAUCGUGAGACUGAGUGGAACCUGUGUCUGUAUGCACACUGGUGAAUCUGUGAUAAUGUGUUGUGCAGUAUUAUGGCAAGUGAACGUCGAGUCCAUCUCAGAAGCAGCAUCUCACCAGCCAGUUAUACUUGACAUUAGCCGGUCUGCCUGAUACUCCAAAGUGCCCUAAGGCUAGUUAGGAAGAUGUUUGUUAUACUCGGUCACUAGGCGACUGCAAUGCCUCUUGUCUCUUAUCUCUCCCUUUUUCUUUUCUUUUUUCAUAGGAAAAAUUAAUCAGUGGUUCUUCCAUUUGUUUACCACACUUCUAAUGAAGUGCCAAGGGUUACAUCUCAAAAAUGCCUUAAACUGGAGUUUACAUAUUACCUUUGCCAUUCCAAAAUGAGAUGGAUGAGCCAGUAUAAAGCCACGUCAGAAAUGUAGUGUAGUUAUUUAGAAUAGUGCUGUGUUUUGAGUAGUGGACCACAAUUAGUGUGUUUGUAAUGAACAAAAUGGGAACCUGGAAAAUGCUUGAAUACUUGUGAAUCAAUUAUUGAUCUACAAAGAGGCUUUUGAUAUUUUAUUUGCAUAUUGUGUGCUUUAGAUGUAAAUUAAUAGUAUUUUGAUACCCCUCUUAUCUUGAGGAAGCUUCUCCGUAGACUAUCAUUUCAGUUUUUCACAUUUUGUGAGGCUUUAAGCUAAUUUGGUUUUCUUUGGCUUUUGUUUCAUUUGACCAACUGUUAGAGGCAAACUCAGAUUUCAGAGAUUAUCUUUACACAUUUAUAAGCACUAAUAAAGAACGUUUCAUUUCAUUGGUUUUCAAUUUCAUCCUUUCUCUAAAUAGUUUCUGUUCAGAUUAGUGUAUAUCGUUGCCUCCUUUAUGCAAAUGCAAACCGUAAGUUGGUCCAAAUGCAGUUUACAUUGAAUAGCAAUAAGGAAAGCCAUAAAGCCGAAAGUUUUAUACAUGGUACCAAUGCAAUAUGUCAUCUUGAAACAGUUUAAAGUGUAGGAGUAUAAUCCACCCAUGUCUGUUAACAGCCAGGUUUUCCAUCUUUUGAUACUUUUUUCCCAGCAUCUCAAUUUUUUUACAUUUUUCUAAUGGUUUUGUAAGGUUUUGUAAAAAUGUAUUUUGUAAUAUGCCAAAAUAAACCUUUGGUCUAAAACUGUA